GGUCGUUGAAAAAACGGCAGACGGCUCUGAAAGGCUCCGACUUUUUUGCCGUGCCCAAUCUCGGUUGUCAGAGGACCUGCGGUAUGUUUCUGCGUGUUACAGUUGGUCGUCUAUCAAAGUCAAUUAUCUCCCGUCACAACUUACUGAUCCGUUAUGCUUCCAGUGAGCCAGCUGAUGAGCAAGGUGGAUUCACGCGGUCAGUCUACUCCAAACCUAAGUAUAAACAUGUUGUACGUGACGGGAAAUCUGUAAAAAUAUAUACUGGUUUGGUGGCAGAAGCGUUUAAUCCUGCUGAUAAAUAUCGUGAACUUCUCCAGAAGGCGUGGAGUAGAGAAACUCUGACAGUGGAUAGCCUCAGAACAUUAUUACUAUCGCGAAUGAGGGAACGAAACCGACAAAAACAAAUAAUUUCUGAUAAAGAGGUCGAAAACCUAGGACUAGAUGUUGCUAUAGCCCACAUGGUGUGCCGUCUGGGCGGUCGCGUUCAGCUCAUCGGUCACACUAACUGGAUUCAACCAUAUGCUGGGAUCCCUCCUAUACUACCAAAUAAACACGUCGAUAGUUUUGUAAUUGAAACCAUUGACCUGUCAGGUACCAAUAUUGUAUACGAAGGAUUAGAGUUUUUACCCUGUUUAACCCAUCUAAGGUACUUAAAAAUGAAAAGAUGUGUACAUCUUGAUGAUUUUUGCUUAUCAAGAAUUGGACGUAUCAAAGGAUUACAAUUUCUCGAUGUCAGUGAAUGCCCUACUAUUACUUCAAAAGGCCUAGCGACACUGGCACAGUUAAAAGCUUUACGCCGCUUAAUAGUGAGUGGAAACCCGCAGAUUGAAGACAAGGAAUUAGUUUGCCUCCUACUGGAAGAUCACCUACCGAAGUUGUACAUUGACGGUGUUGACUACAUUGGUCAACUACCUGAUAAAUCGAAAGAAAAGAUCUUAAGGUUAGUAUCUACAAAUGAAAAGUAUACUCAAGCACAAAACGAAGAGACCAAUACAGACAAAGUUUAUUUGAUUGACAAAGCAUAGAAAUAUUGUCAAGUAUAUCUACCCAUGUUAUCUAAUGUACAUAAAAGUUAUCACAAUUC